AUGGCGCCGCCCAACACAGGAUGCCCGCUACCCUACUCCGUUCGGUUCCGAUCGCCCGACCCGUGCCUGCCUGCGGGAGCUAGCAGUCCAGCCUGGGAAGCCGCACCCCCUCCCGCCCCUGGCCCCGCCUUCGAGGAGGGCGGGCCGAGCCAGCCCUAAAGGAUGGCCAAGGGUCCGGGUGACACCUAGGGCGAGGGGAGCAGCAGGCUGGGAGGGCCCGGACCCACCGACAGACGAGUCCCGCUUCUCGGGGUACCCCGCCCGGGUCUCAGCUUCCCCAUCUGCCGAAUGGGAGAGUCUGCCCAACAAAGGCUGGUUUUAAAUCAUGAACUUUCAAAACUUUUCAACCAACUAUGGGAUGCUGAUGUUAACCGCUUUGGGCCUGGCAGAGAUUAUGCCAUCUCCCUGCAGGGGAAGGCAGACUUUGUCCCCCAAGGUGUCCACAGAACCAUCGACCAUGCUUCUCAGGCUCUCUUCCUCUGGGUGAAUGAGGGCCGGUUGCAAAGCACCAAGACCUUUGCAGCUUUUAUCUCCCUUUUGGAUAACUACGAGACGUCAACGGGCGUAGCAGAAGUUGUGACGCCAGAGGAGGAAUCGGAAAACAACCAAUUCUUGGACGCCCUCUUGGAGACGGAGGUGAUGAAGCUCACCCAUCGGUAUCUGGUGCAGAAAAACUGGUCCAAGCCCAGCCUGACGGAUUUCAAGGCCCAACUCUACAGAAUCUGGUUCCAGCUGUAUACCCGGGAGGGCCACCAAGGGCCUGAUUCUUGUGGUUUCGAGCAUGUGUUUGUGGGAGAAACCCGGCGAGGCCAGGACAUCCUGGGCUUCCAUAACUGGGUCCAGUUCUACCUGCAGGAAAAGCGGGGAAAUGUUGAUUACAAGGGCUAUGUGGCCAGGCGGCAUAAGAGCCGGCCUGAUGAAGAUGACCAAGUAUUGAACCUUCAGUUCAGCUGGAAGGGUUUGGUGAAACCUGUGGGCAGCACAUUCCUGGGCGUGAGCCCCGAGUUCGAAUUUGCACUCUUCACCAUUGUAUUCCUGCAGUCCCAGGAGAAGGUCACUCGAGUGCUGGUCCGCAUUGAGGAAUAUGAACUACAGCUUGUGGUUUACCGCCACGGCCGCCACAUUGGUUCUGCCUACCCCAUCCUGCUCAGCAGCAGCAAUGAGGACCUCUAUUGAGAUGGGACUGGGCCAGGGACUGGGGGUCCCAAACUGCAGGGAUUAUGAGGAACGUGUUCUUGGCAGAAGUCUUUGGUCAUUUAUUAGGAUUAGAAGCUAAAGAGAGGCAAGGGCCAUUGUCUGGUGAAGUGGAAACAGAUCUCUAUUGCUUGGGAAUACAGUAGUCCUGGCUUCUGCUUUGUGCUUUGUGUCCCUUUGGACAAACUAGGGCUAAUCUCCACCUGUAAAAAUGAAAGAUUGACUAUUCUCAGAUCUGAAAAUGUCUGCUCUAAGGGCCCUCCCAGCUCUGACAUGCCCUUUCCUUUUCCAAACACUAGUUGGCAUAACUGGGAUUUCUCCUACCUCAUACAGAGCUCGCUUUCUGAAGUCAGCUUUGAGGUAAUUCUUGCCAACUUUUCUGGGGAGAAAAACUUAUUGGAGAAUAGAGCUGAAAAGGCUCUAGUGGCCUCCUAUUCAACCCCUUCAUUUUCCCCUUUUCUUCUCUUUAUUUACUUUACAUAUAAAAUCACAAGAGCAAUUGUGGGUAACUUAGCAUAAAGACAUGUUUUUUUCUUGUCAGACUUUAGAAUCUGAGAGGGAAUGGGGACAGCUAGGUGGCAGAGUGAAUAGAGCACUGGCCCUAAAGUUGAGAGGACCUGAGUUCAAAUCUCCCUCUGAUAUUUACUAGCUGCGUGACCC